GUCAGUAAUCCAGUAAUGUCAAAGUUGAUUUGAUGUUGAUGUAUUUUCAUUUUAAUAAUAAUAAUUUAGCUGUGAUUUUUAAUUCGCUUUUGUGGCUGUGAGUUUUUUUACAUUUAAUGUAAACCGAAGUGCUAAUUCGUCAUAAAAUGGCUUCAGACAGUGUAUUUGGCUAUGUUCCGCAAGUUGGGACUGAUGGAUAUACUGAAGAACCAACAAGUAAACUACGUCUUAGAGUUGUCUGUGCUAAAAACCUUAUGAAAAAAGACAUUUUUGGAGCAAGCGAUCCGUAUGUAAGAAUUGAUUUAAACAGCAUCAGUGGAGAUGAAACUAUUGAUUCUGUUCUUACAAAAACAAGAAAAAGGACUCUUAGUCCUGAAUGGAAUGAAGAAUUUAUAUUUAGGGUUAAACCGGCAGAACACAAAUUAAUUUUACAAGUAUUUGAUGAAAAUCGGCUAACUAGAGACGACUUUCUCGGAUUGGUGGAACUUCCGUUGCUUAAUUUGCCCAAAGAACAAGCUGACAGAUCUAUACAAACGGUCAAGUAUUUGCUACAACCAAGAAGUGCACGUUCAAGGGUUAGAGGUCAUCUGGAAUUAUAUCACGCCUUCUUAUUCGAUACCACUCUGCCUCCGAUUGCCGCUCCCGAAGAACCGCACGACGAACGCGAUUGGGAAAUCGUCGGUGCUGGAAGGGAAGAAGUCGCUGCUCAGCCCUUGUUUGUAACGCCGUCUACUCAAACGCAGAGUUCGUUGCCGCCUGGAUGGGAAGAAAGACAAGAUGCUAAUGGAAGAACUUACUACGUCAAUCACAUAGCCAGAACGACACAGUGGGAAAGGCCUACUUUAAGUUCUCCAGAUAUCCAGACUGGUGAACGGGAAGAACAAAGGGAAGUUUUCGAAAGACGUUUUCACAUAAGUGCCGAUGAAGAAUCCAACGAUAGGGGCGACACUAGUCAGGCCGUUAAUGCUGACGUCGCAUCCGCCAUUGUACCUGAAAUAAUAAUAGAACGACAACGCGACGACGAGAAUGACAAUCUUAUAGAGGAUAACCGGGAAAAUGCCAUAUCUUUGACCGAAAACAGAAAUAGCGUUACGUCCGAUCUGUGCGAUACAGAUUAUAAUGCGUCGGUCGAAAGUAACGACAGCAGUAGGAGGAGUUCUAUUGAUAUGCCGCAAUACCAACUAACGUUCGAAAGUGGUGGUGGUGGACGUAACGAGGAUGACGUUGAUAAUAAUGAGAGCGACGAUCAGGGCGACAGUUUUUCAAACAAUUCAUCCAGAAGGGACUCAACAGUCUCGACAUCUACCAGCAAUAGUAAUUCUCAAAAUAACUUGGACGUUCUAUCGGAAGGUUUACCGCCCGGUUGGAGCAUUCAACGCGCACCGAACGGUCGUCUGUUCUUCAUCGAUCAUAACGAACGAGCGACGUCUUGGGUGGAUCCCCGGACGGGUCGAGCGAGUCCGAUGCCCAACCAACCCGCGAUUCCGGUCGUUAAUAAACGUCCGGAUGAUGAUUUGGGACCGUUACCGGAAGGUUGGGAGGAGAGAGUUCAUGCCGAUGGGAGAAUAUUCUUUAUUGAUCACAAUACGAGGACUACGCAAUGGGAAGAUCCCAGGUUGUCUAAUCCGCAAAUAGCAGGUCCGGCUAUUCCGUAUUCUAGAGAUUAUAAAAGGAAAUACGAAUAUAUGAAAACGCAACUUAAAAAACCGACCAACGUUCCCAACAAAUUUGAAAUAAAAGUCAGAAGACGAAGCAUAUUAGAAGAUUCGUAUAGAGUCAUCACGUCCGUUUCGAAGAUAGAUUUACUUAAAACGAAGCUGUGGAUCGAAUUCGAGGGCGAAGUCGGUUUGGAUUACGGAGGCUUGGCGAGAGAAUGGUUCUACUUAUUGUCGAAAGAGAUGUUCAAUCCUUAUUAUGGGCUAUUUGAAUAUUCAGCUAUGGAUAAUUACACAUUACAAAUAAAUCCUUUCUCAGGACUAUGCAACGAGGAUCACCUUAGUUAUUUCAAAUUUAUAGGACGCGUAGCGGGAAUGGCCGUUUACCACGGAAAAUUAUUAGAUGCAUUCUUCAUUAGACCUUUUUAUAAAAUGAUGUUGUCGAAAACGAUCGAUUUGAAAGAUAUGGAAUCGGUGGAUUCCGAAUAUUACAAAUCGCUUUUGUGGAUAAAGGAAAACGAUCCGUCCGAUUUGGAUUUGACGUUUUCCGUCGACGAGGAAUCGUUCGGACACACUUCCGUGCACGAACUCAUCGAUGGCGGAGCCGACGUUCCUUUAGACAAUUCUAAUAAGGAUGAAUACAUCAAAUGUAUAAUCCAAUGGAGGUUCAUCGGAAGGGUGCAAGAACAAAUGAACGCGUUUCUAGAAGGUUUUAGUGAAUUAAUACCGUUGAAUCUUAUGAAAAUAUUCGACGAACACGAAUUGGAACUAUUGAUGUGCGGUAUCCAACAUAUCGACGUGAAAGAUUGGAAAGUGAAUACUUUAUACAAAGGGGAUUACCAUUCGAAUCAUAUUGUGAUCCAGUGGUUUUGGAGGGUUGUUCUGUCAUUUAGUAACGAAAUGAGAGCUAGAUUGUUGCAAUUCGUUACCGGAACCUCUAGAGUGCCUAUGAAUGGUUUCAAAGAAUUAUACGGCAGCAACGGACCCCAAUUGUUUACAAUAGAAAAAUGGGGCACUACGGAAAAUUUCCCACGGGCACAUACUUGUUUCAAUCGAUUGGAUUUGCCGCCUUACGAGAGCUACACCCACUUGAAGGAUAAACUGGUGAAAGCAAUCGAAGGGUCUCAAGGUUUCGCUGGAGUCGAUUAGUUAGUACUUUAUAUAAUUGAAACGUUGCAUUUUUACCUUAAAAAAAAAUCUGUCCAAUACUGAUAACUUAAGUUUUAUUUAUAGUCUAUUGAAUUAUACAUAUAUACAUAUUAUAUAUUUUAUAGCUA